UUGUUAGAUUGGAUAAAGAAGUACCAAAGAAGAGUUUUGAAGUACAAUGCUAUAAAUGAGUAUGUCAAUUCUAAGUUUAAAGACCCAAAUGAGGAAAUGCAGAGAAUAUUAGAGAAGAAACACUUCAGAAACAAACAGAAAGAGAUAGAAUACAUUUCGAAGAAAUUGCAAUCUUACGAUUGGAAGACAUACCCUCAUAGGUGUCUUCUUAUCUUAGAUGACUUUGCUUCUCAUCCUUUGUUAAAGAACAGAGAACAAGACAUGUGUCGAAUUCUUAAGAAGCUCAGACACUUCAACAUCUCUGUUGUCAUUUGUGUACAGACAGCAAAGAGUUUAAGUAAGGAUGUUAAAAGAAUACUUACUGACAUUGUACUUUUCCCUGGAUUGUCCGAAGACGAUUUCAUGGAACUUAUGAAAGAGUCCAUGGCAGGUAAGUUUGACAGACAUGAACUAUGGGAGAAGUACAAAGUCAUACAAGACCCUCAUACUUCUUUCAGAAUUCACAUCUACGCGAACAAAGUUCAAAUUGUAAAAAGUCAAGCUUGA